UUCAUCCUUAAAUUAAAAUAACUAAGCUUUAAAGUAAAAAAAAUGAUCGGUUCCAAGGCAUUUUUAUUUCUUGGCAUUUUUUUGGCAAUUUUUUCAAUGAUAAGCUCUGAGGUUAUUGCUAGAGAAUUGGCUGAGACUUCAAUGAAACCGGAUAACAAGAAUGACUAUGUACACAAUGAUGAAUAUAAUGACAUUGACGGAUAUCUAGGUGAUGAACGUGGUGAAUAUAAAAAUGGAUAUAAAUUUCCUGGUGGUAGAUAUUAUCCUCCGCAUGGUGGAUAUAAAUCCCCAUAUGAUGAUUAUAACAACACGUAUAAACCUCCACAUGGUGAAUACAACAAAGGAUAUAAAUAUCCAGGGUGGGGAUAUAACACUCCACCUGACGGAUAUAAUCCUUCCGGAGGUGAAUACAAGUCCUCACAUGAUAAAUAUAAGCCCCCACAUGGUGAAUAUAACAAUGAAUAUAAACGACAUGGUGAUGGAUAUAAAUCUCCUGGUGGUGAAUAUAAACCUCCAUAUGAUGAAUAUAACAACGGAUAUAAACCUCCAAGUGGCGGAUAUAAGCCCCCAUAUGACGGAUACAACCCUCCAAGUGAUGAACACAAUCCCCCACAUGACAAGUAUAAACCCCCAUUUGGCAAAUAUAACCCUUCAAGUGGUGAAUAUAACCCCAACAUGACAAAUAUAAACCCCUUAGUGAUGAAUAUAAAUAUCCAGGUGAUAAAUAUAACUCCCCAUGUGACAAAUAUAAAGCCCCAAGUGAUGGAUACAAUCCUCCAAGUAGUGGAUACAACCCUCCAGGUGGAGGCCACGAAUAAGUAACUAACCAAUUGCCUCACAACCAAUCAUCAUGUAAUAUUACAAAAUCGUUGACCAUAGUGGCAAGAUGUAUAAUAAUAAUAGUCUUGCUACUCUAAAUCUUGCAACAAAAAUCGUAUGAAUAAAAUGUCAUUGAGUUCAUACGUAUGAUUGGUCAUGUAAAAUUUUUCUUAUACAAUAUAAUACACUAUCUUGUGAUAA